GAGUUUCCGCAUUCUCUGGCUCAAGGAUAGUAAAUAAAACGGCGUUUUCUCGAUCUGGGCAAUCUAGACAGUCUCAACUGAUCUCCAGGUUCAGAGCUUAAUUGAGUGACUUGAGAAAACUUCGGAUGGGAUCAUCUUAAUGCGUUGGGAACAUGGAUCUCGGACUUCAGUUUACUUCGGACUGUAACGAUGCUGCUACACAAAACCAAUACCAGCUGACCGUAAUGGUGAAAGAAGAAGAUAUCGUAGAGGAGACAUAUGGGAAUAUAAUUGCAUUUCAACUUGGUGAAGAACAGCUUCAGUAUAGAACUGGAUCAGACUUUGCGGAGUCCAAAGUGACGCCAACUCAUACCGAGACACUACAGACAAUAGCGGAGAUUGAAGUGAAGAUUGAAGACGAUGAGCACGAGGAUGAUCUGCUGGAAAGUGCAUCAGAAUAUCCACACGGAACCCAACAGGAGACACAUGGACAGAGUGAUGAGCUCAGCCUGCAACUCAAAGGAAGACGGCACCACUGCACUGUGUGCUGGAAGAGUUUCAGGACCCUGAAAGCACUCGAGAAACACCAGCAAACACACUCAGUCAGGGUGAAUUUGACCACAUCCUCACUAGCUAGCCGCCACGUGCAGAAACACACUAGAGAGAAGCCUCAUAAAUGUUCCCAGUGUGGAAGAGGUUUCUCACACAUGUCAAGUCUUUCACGGCACAGGCUUGUACACAAAAGAGUGAUGUCUCGUAAAAGACUUAACUGUUUGCAGUGUGGAAAAGCUUUUUCUCACAUCAUGGCUCUUAAAACCCACAUGCUCAUACACACUGGAGAGAAGCCUCAUAACUGUUCUCAGUGUGGACAAAGUUUUUCUUACAGAUCAAGCCUUUCACGCCACAUGCUUGAACACAAAGGAGGGAAGCCUCAUAAAUGUGUCCAGUGUGGAAAAUGUUUUUAUCACAGUUCAGAUCUCAAUCGCCACAUGCUUACACAUACUGGAGAGAAGCCUUAUAAAUGUGCCCAGUGCGGAAAAGGUUUUACACAAAGUCCAAGUCUUUCAUGCCACAUGCUAACACACACUGGAGAGAAGCCUCAUAUAUGUGUCCAGUGUAAAAAAGGUUUUAUAACCUCCACAGAGCUCAAUUGCCACAUGCUUACACACACUGGAGAGAAGCCUUACAAUUGUGCCCAGUGUGGAAAAGGUUUUAAUCAUAACUCAAGCCUUUCACGCCACAUGCUCGAUCACAAAGGAGGGAAGCCUCAUAAAUGUGUCGAGUGUGGAAAAGGGUUUUAUCAAAGUUCACAUCUUCAUCGCCAUUUGCUAAAACACACUGGAGAGAAGCCUUAUAAUUGUGCCCAGUGUGGAAAAGCUUUUAGAACAUCCCAAGAUCUUCAACGCCACAUGCUUACACAUACUGGAGAGACGCCUCAUGAAUGUGUCCAGUGUGGAAAAGGGUUUUAUCAAAGUUUUCAUCUUAAUCGCCACAUGCUAAUACACACUGGAGGGAAGCCUCAUAAAUGUGCCCAGUGUGGAAAAGCUUUUAGAAGAUCCCAAGAUCUUCAACGCCACAUGCUUACACACACAGGAGAGAAGCCUCAUACAUGUUUCCAGUGUGGAAAAGGUUUUAUAACCUCCACAGAUCUCAAUUAUCACAUGCUUACACACACUGGAGUGAAGCCUUAUAAAUGUGCCCAGUGUGGAAAAGGUUUUAAUCACAGCUCAAGCCUUUCACGCCACAUGCUUGAUCACAAAGGAGGGAAGCCUCAUAAAUGUGCCCAGUGCGGAAAAGGGUUUUAUCAAAAUUCACAUCUUCAUCGCCAUUUGCUAAGACACACUGUUGUUAAGCAGUUAAGCACAGAGGAGAGGUUCUUCAUAGAGGACUUGUAGAGAGGCGCCAUAACUGUUUGCCGUGUGGAAAAGGUUUUUCUCGCCUCUAUACUCUUAAAUACCACGUGCGUACACAUACUGGAGAGAAGCUUCAUAAAUGUGCCCAGUGUGGAAAAGCUUUUAGAACAUCCCAAGAUCUUAAACGCCACAAUCUUACAAAUACUGGAGAGAAGCUUUAUAAAUGUGCCCAGUUUGGAAAAGGUUGUCGACAACUUUGUAGUCUUAAAACUCACGUGCUAACCCACGCUGGAGAGAGGCCUUGUGAAUUGUUUCCCGAUGUGGAAAAGGUUUUCACACUUGUCGAGUUGUUAUCGCCACAUGCGUAAGCAUUGCGUUGAGGACAAGAACCUCAUGAGAUCCCUAGCAAAUGCACACUGUUAGCGUGAAUCAAAAGCAGAACAAGACGCCUCGUAUAUGGGCUUAUUGUAUACAAGCUAAAUGAUUAAAUGAAUGUGAUUGAUGAUGUCAUUUGUUUGGCCCUGCAAUUCUUUUAACUGAAGCCCAUAUGCUAAUACACAAAGAAGAAAGAAACAUAGCCAGCACAAAACAUACAUUAUGGUGUUAGCAACAUAUGCUAACACCAUAAUGACCUAUAUUGUCCUCUUUCUGUAACAAAAAAAACUGUUUUAUAAAUGUGUUUGGUUAUUGAUGAAAAGUGCAUGCAAAAAAAAUAAAAUUGAAUCAAAUAUA